AUGUUCGAGGAUAUGGUAAAGCAAGAUAAAUUCGUCGCCCUGAGAGGGCAACCAGUAAAGCUGAAGGUGGCCACUCUUUGCUCGGGUACCGACGCGCCCAUUUUCGCCUUGAGAAUGAUCCAAGAUGCCAUGCAGGUGGCAGGAUUCGGUAUGGCUCUGGAGUUCGACCACCUGUUCAGCUGCGAAAUCGAGCCAGAAAAGCAAGGCUUUAUUCGCCGUAACCUUGGCGCCGACACUCUGAUCUUUCGCGACGUGUUCGAGUUGGCCACCUCUGAUGGCCAAGCCACAACCGCUGGCGGCGCUAAAGUCGAGAUACCAACCGAACACAUCGACAUCCUAUUUGCUGGCUGUUCCUGCGUUGACUAUUCCAACAUGAACAUGAGCAAGCCGAAGUUCGGAGUGCCGUCACUCGAUCGCCACCUGACUGCCGCAGCAAUCGAAAAGGGGUCGCCGGUUGGACUUGACAAAGCCUUCCUAGAGGACGUGGACAGUGCCUUGCCCGAACUCAUCUCAAAGACCGCCGGGGAGUCAGCCAGGACUUUCUUUUCCGCAAUCAAGCUGGUGAGCAAACUCCGACCAAAGACGGUCAUGUUAGAGAACGUCUUGGGCGCACCAUGGGAUCUAUACACGAACAGCAUAUUCCCGAAACUGGGCUACGUUGCCGGGUCGGUCAAACUAGACACCAAGCACUUUUACUUGCCGCAGACUCGGAAGCGGGGAUACCUGAUUGCCGUCGAUGCCCAACGAAUCGGCACCAAAACAGCGAAAGUAAUCGCCGACGAGUGGUGCCGCGCGCUUGUUGGGUUCAAACGACGGGCUUCCGCGCCCGUGUCUGCUUUUCUUGGAUCACCGGACGAUCCGGCCACGAUCCAAGCCAAAGCUGACAUGGAAGCCAAGGCCCCAUACCCCAACACGGACUGGGGCUUCUCCUCGCUCCGGCACUUUGACGAGCGGCGGAGACACGGUCUGCUAUUAGACGAGAACCCUUUCAGUCUUAAAGCUAUGCGCAACGGACGCCUCAUCUAUGCAUCAUACCCUUCUCAUUCCUGGAAGCGGCUCUGGGAUAGGCUGGGCGCCAGAGUCGUCGAUUCCAUGGACAUACUCUUCGCCGCGGGCAGGAAGUACAAUGUGGACAUCGGUUACAAGACAAUGCUGGCGGACGUGAGCCAGAAUAUCGACCGCAGCAACAAGUUUCUCCCCGUCGGCGGCGAGCCGAAAUCUCGAGAGGUCAAUCUGCAGCUGGGCAUCAUCGGGUGCAUCACGCCCAGUGGCAUCCCCGUCCUCACAGACUCGAUGCGCCCCGUUACCGGGAUCGAGGCCCUGGCGCUCCAGGGCCUGCCGGCGGAUGAACUGGUCAUAUCGACGGAAACGCAGGCUCAGCUACGGGAUCUGGCGGGGAAUGCAAUGACGGUCACCGUCGUCGGCGCCGCUACCCUGGUUCUUCUUGACAGCAUUUCCAAGGCCGCAAAAGAGAUGCUUGACCCGCUUGAUCAAUCGACCGCUCUAGACCGGGAUCUCUACUUGGGUUCAGGCCUCUUGACUGACCGGCUGCCAGAACCGAGAGUUGCUGACGACAUCGCUACGGUUGUCAUUGAAGAUCUCCUCACUGUCGCGAGGAGGAUGGUGCGUGUGUGCUUCUGUUUGCAGCGCAACCCGCGAGAAAAGCGCUUCAUAUGCACACAUUGCGGCACGCUUGCCUGCACUGCCUGCUACGGGAACCCAACCCAUCACUAUGCUCGCAGGGAGGACGCAGAUUCCAAAAGGUCGAGCGAGAAUGACGCAGCUCACCUCAGGAGCCUUCUACCCAAGACCGUUCUGUUGCCCGUCCCGCUUGUUACUGUCAACCACGGGUUGCAGUCCGUUAUCGAUCCAACUUAUAGACGGGUCGUCUCGGAGAUUCUAACAAGCAAUCCAGUCUACUACCUUGACGCCAUCAAAGUUACUGAGGUUGUGACCGUCUGCUACAACGCCAUCAACAGCUCCGCUCGCCUCGUCAUCUCUCCCAACUCCGUGUGUUGUUGGUACAUUUACACGCAGCAUGAGUCUGUGUGCAAGUUUGACCUCGACCAGCCCAUCGCUCGCGGGCAGUAUUCUUCUGACAGUCCAUCCACACUGCAUUGGUCCGUAUGGGCUCUUGGGCAGAUCGAUCUCACCGUCACUUUCGAGGGCGACCAUGAUGGCAGCCUAGUCGUGGGCAACCUAGCUUUUGCCGGCGGCCACGGUAUACAGCCGGACCCGUCGCUUCACGGGUGGAAGGAAACAGUGGAGAGCCGGGUUCACGGGCGUUACCUCCAUCGCCCUCGAUGCGGCACCGCAGGAGAUGCGCUUCGCGUUAAGCAAAACCCUGCAACUGAUGCCAAGGUUUAUCUCAUGUGGGAUUCCGGCAGCCUUCGACACCAAGCCGAGGACCACUUUGUGUGGGCCGAGACGAUGAGGAGGACCCUGGAGCACGAAUACCGCGAGAUCUUGCUGCAUGCAAAGCCUACCAGCUCAGGUUGGAACAUUGAACUCGACCCCAAUGCCGGACCGACAACCAUCGAUGUCUUCUGGCCUGGGUACUGGUCUUCCCCGCCGUGUAAGCUCGUCUCGCCGGAGCUCGACAGGCAGGCGCUCGCCUGGGCGCCGGCUCAGAUUUGCUGGGGUCUAGCCAGAACGUUGUGCGAAGCGCCUUGCCACGCGGACGGGUUUCCCGUCACCUACAUGCCUACGUUUGCCGCCCUUCACGCAUCUCUUGACCGGUUCCCGCUCAAGUCCCGCGAGCGCUCCAAGAUGGACCCUGCCAAAACUGAUGGAUGCUUCUAUGUCGCUCCCGCCACGCAGCGCGACGCAUUCCUAAGACGCUUUGCUUUCCUCUCCAGCCAAGUGUGUUCAUCCACCGCACCGGCUGAUCUAGCCCUCUUCGAGCAUCUCAGCGGCAACUGGCUUUUGAUCGACGCCUGCCGAGACUGCUCCGUCGCCCCACCCGAGAUAUCCUUUUACACCAAAAUGGAGCAAAAGGGGGGUGAGAAGAUGAAAUAUACCCACGUGGUCAUCGAAGAUCCGGACGAAGCUGCACGCUUCGAGAAACAGUUUCUGGAUCUCCCCCGGUCGGUUGCGGUUGCCGCACGCCUGGCCCCUGACUCUGCUGCAUUGGAUAUGAGAAUCAUGCUGCAGCCCAAGACCCUCGCCUCCAGAGCUUUCGGGUAUCUCGUCCAAGCUCACCGCACUGUUCCCCGUGGCAGGCAGGCUCUGGACAAGCACGCAAAGACCUAUUUCACUGUGAAAUUGGACUUCGCGUUCCAUACGACACUUGAUUUUGCGCCCUUCCGGGACUCUGUUACCUCCUGUGGCGAGGGAUUCACAGUGGGGAUCGUUCCCGGGCUCUACGUCCUGGCAAGCGAUCAACCCCCGCGGUUCCGCCGCGGUUUCUCACUCCGGCCUAGUCAGAGGGAUGCGGUACACUGGAUGAUGCAGCGGGAGCGUAGCCCUGUCGAUUUCACUAAGGUUGAAAUCGAAGAGGAGGUGGUUCGCCCACUCAAUAUGCGGGUGAUGGGCAAGGCCGAGUGGAACAAUUCCUUCCCCUACUGCUCGCGGGGCGGCGUUGUGGCUCAUGAGAUUGGCUAUGGAAAAACCGUCGUUAUGCUCGCGCUUCACGACUACAUGCGUGAAUAUGACAAGGAUGAGUCCAUUGAGGAUCGGCGAAAGGUUGAUGAAGCCUGGCGGAGCUCGCUCCUCGAACCUCUCAAGCGCUUGGCGAGCUUAGCGAACGACCACCCAAUAUUCGAGGCCGAGUCAUUCUUUGUGCACCUGUCUGCAACCCUUGUGGUCGUACCCAGGCAUAUCACCAAGCAGUGGGCCAAGGAGGCAGCACGAUUUCUCGGUUUGAGGGUUGGCCGCGAGGUGAUCGUCAUCAAAACAGCAAAAGAUUUCUACACCUACGAGCUGGAUAAGUUGAGGAAGGCAGAAAUGAUAAUUGUCAGCACCGGAAUCUUUGGCCCAACGUUCUUGGACCGAUUGAGAGCUCUCGGAGGCAGGGGCGGUGACUGCCCAAAGGGCCUUUUUGGCAGAACCCUCGAGCUCUGGUACCAACGGGCGUUGCAGAACCACAGGACGGGUCUGGCUUACUACUUGGCCGGCCUAGCCGCUGGCUCCGACGGCGGCAAAUUGGAGCGCGAGCUUCGGAAGGAUUUUUUGCCGGCCUUGAUUAUAGGACAGCAGGCCGAACAUGACGUGCUGGUGCAGAAGCAAGUUCCCGAGAUGGAUCGGUCCUUCUACAAGAAAGGCGGCGCCGGCAAGGGCGUGGCAAAAGCUGAUAUGACACGUGCGGACGUGACUAGCGGGUUGGAGUUUUGGAGCGUUCAGGGGCUCCAUAGCUGCAGUUUUGCUCGCAUCAUCUGGGAUGAGUGCUCCUAUGACGGGAACAGCACCAUCAGCCUUUUCGUCACCAAUGCUAUCGCCAACUCUAAAUGGCUGAUCUCCGGGACGCCAAAACUUUUCGGGCUCGACGAAGUGUGCAAGAUUGCAUCGACUUUUGGAAUACACGUGGCGCGGGCGGAGCCGCGCAUGAUGCCAGGGCUACCCUCUGUUAUCAAGGGCCCGAAGCUGGAGCCCAUGUCCAAGAGCGAGCAGUUCCACGUUUUUUCGUCUUCGGUUAAGUCGGCCGCCUUGGCCUAUGAGAGGCACAGGCAAGCCCAAGGUUUUGUUGCUGCGACCUUCCGCGCCAAUACUCUCGAGACAGGUCUCGAGGUUAAGUUUGAGGAGCACGUUCGGCCCGUGACCAUGACUACGCGGGCCUCAGUACGCUACCACAUGCUCACCCAGGCAGUGCUAGACGCCGGCUAUGAUUACUUCGUCCUUCCUUCUUAUGCUCGCAACGCUGUAGCCGUGACAGGCUGCGACUUGGACGGCAAAAGCGGACUGGAAGCAGCAAGAAUGUUCCUCGGCAUCGCAGCCUGCGACACUGAUCGAGAUGGGAGCUCGGUUCAGACCCUUCAAACCGACCUUCAGAUGCGGGCCGAGGAACUUAGGAACCAGCUGAAGUUUAUCUGGGACAAGAUGAUGUGGCUCCGGCACUGGAUUAUCAAGUCACACCCUGACAAGUUUGGCGACAUCGAUUCGGAAAAGCCCCCUAACGCUCGUCAAGCCAAAGAAGCCAAAGACUGGAACGGGCCAACUGGACUCACUCUACUCCGCGUCAAUUUCUUGUGUGAUAGACUGAGGAGGGCGUUGGACAGCGGCGAUUUUUCCGAUUUCGCUGGUGCGGAUCUGUUCGUGCUCUACGCUGCUUCCAUCGCUGGCCUGCCGAAGGACGUGCUGAAACAACUUGAGAAUACCCGACUCGACCUCGAUGCCCUCAGAGUCGAGUGGACGCACCACUUCACAGACGGCUGGAUGGGCCGCUUCAGGGAGGAAAAGGCCUUGAACACGUGGCUGGACUUUUUUGAUCUUGACGGUGCUUAUCUCGAUAAUCUGACCCCGGCGGAGCUUCGUAUACUCUCCGAAGAGCUCUGUUGGCUCGUUCACAAGGUGCCGGGGGUCGGAUGCCAACGAGAUUUGAAUGGGCUCCCCACGGCCGAGUUCUUCCGUCGUGUUCUGAGUCCCAACUUCAAGGUUUCCCGCGCAGUCCCGCACAAUAUUGCUCAGCUUCUCGAAUGCGACCAGGCAGAUAUCGCCGGUAGAACAGCCGAGGAACUGAAGCGUUUCAUCAUAGCCUGCAUCGCAGAGAAGCCAAAAAAGAAGACAUGGCAGGCGGUCAAGGAUUCAUACAAGUUCGACGGGAUUCCCUCCACCAAAGGGAGCCAGUCCACCAGGGCACGUCUUCAAAAUCGCGCCAGGGAACUCAAUUUGAGAUUCCAUACGAACACCACUUCUGAUCGUCUAAAACAGGUAAUUUGGAGCCACGAGCAAGGAGUCGCUGUUGCCGCGAGCUACCGCGAUGGCCGCGCCCCGCCAGCGAGCCAAGAUUUCACCAGCGCAACUAAUUGCCACAAGGGGAGUAAGGAAGAUCGGGAAAAGGCCGCGACGCAUGAGCUCAAGAGCACUAUGGUUCAUCUGCUUAAGACAAUCGAGGAUUUGAACGUCACCUUGCAGGAAGCCAGGUUCGUCCCGAAAUAUAUCUCGCUCGCGAGUGCCGGCAGCGGCGACAGCGACCCCGUGUCAUCGAUGCUAUGCGAUGGCUGCAGCGCCACGCUCGAGUCGGUCGACACAUCGUUCCUCGUCGUGGCCUGCGGUCACCUCUUGUGCCACCAAUGCCGGUCCGGACGAUCCUCCAUCAGCGUGGAACGUUUCUAUUGCCCCGCUCAGCACUGCACCGCCUUCAUCCGUCAACGACCUGUCCUCCGCUGCUCUCAGAUUUGUGGAUCGGCCAAUGAUACCGCCAGGUCCAAGGCCGACUCGGUCGUCAACCUGAUAAAAAAGGAGAUACACAAGGAUGACUUUGUGGUCCUCUUUGCGCAGUACGGCCCGCUCAUCAAUGCCCUUGACAAGGCGCUGCGGGAUGCGAAUAUUAGGUUCACGAACCUAGCCGCGAUCGCAGACAGCAAGAUUGCAGACAAACUGGAGGAUUUCAAGGCUGGCCGAGCCGGGCAGGUCUUGUUGCUCGACAUCGAGAGCGACACGAGCGCAGGGAGCAACCUGACCAUCGCGUCACACGUCAUCUUUGCCAACCCGUUCGUGCACUCGGACAAGGAAUUCCAGGCGAGGACGGUGCGCCAGGCCAGGGGGAGGUGCAUCCGCCUGGGCCAGACAAAGAAGGUCAAUGUGUACCACAUGAUGGUACCCGGGACGAUCGAGGAGGAGUCCUUGCGCGCCUUUGCCCGACAGAGCAAAGAUGUUGAUGCGUUUUUCAAGGCCUAUGAUCAGGUUCCCUGGUGGCUUGAUGAGAAGGAUGCGGCUGCCAACACGGAUGCUAAGAAGGGUGAAAAGGCGAAUGUCACCGCGGACGUCGACGCAGUCAGCAUGGUUGGCAACGCGGACGACAUUGAUAUAACCGCCGACAGCAUGGAUGUGGCCAUGGAUGACGCGGAUAUCUACGAUGACGACGGUGACUACGCGGAUUACUAUGAGGAUGACGAGAUGGAUCUUGAUGCCGACGAGUGA